GUCCAAGUCAAGAAGCAGGUGGAAGCACAAACAUCUGGACUGCGGCUAGCUACUUCGACGACUGUCGGCGAGCUAUUGGAGAGCAGUUGACUGUCGAAGACCCGCAUUCGUCAACCCCCCCACAUCUCCUCUCUCUCUUCGCUCCGUCACCUCCCGGGCUUUUGUCGUCUCCUCCUCCUCCUCCUCCUCCUCCUCCGCUCCCGCCAUGUCGUAUGAUAAGGAGCUCGCCGCCGCCAAGAAGGCCGCCUCUCUCGCCGCUUCUCUCUGCCAGAAAGUGCAAAAAGCAUUAUCGCAAUCAGAUGUUCAAUGGAAAUCAGACAAAACUCCUGUCACAGUGGCAGAUUAUGGUUCACAAGCUAUUGUUAGUUUUGUGCUGGAAAGAGAGCUUUCAGAUGAACCAGUCUCUUUAGUGGCUGAGGAGGAUUCGGGAGAUCUUUGCAAGGAUAGUGGAAAAGACACCCUCCAGCGCAUAACAAAGCUUGUAAAUGAAACUAUUGCAAUUGAUGGUUCAUAUAGUGCUUGUACUUUAUCACCAGAAGAUAUACUUACGGCAAUUGACAGUGGGAAGUCAGAAGGUGGCUCUUUUGGUCGACACUGGGUCUUGGAUCCUAUUGAUGGUACUAAAGGGUUUGUGAGGGGGGAUCAAUAUGCAGUAGCAUUAGCUUUAUUAGAUAAUGGGAAAGUAGUGUUGGGUGUCCUCGCUUGUCCAAAUCUUCCAUUAGCAUCUAUCGCUGGGAAUGUGCCAUCGGAAAAUGCCGUUGGCUGUCUGUUCUAUGCAAAAGUUGGUUCAGGGACUUUCAUGCAGUCAUUGGAUGGAUCAUCACCAGUGAAGGUUCAUGUCAGUGAUAUUGGAAAUUCGGAAGACGCAUCAUUCUUUGAACCAUUUGAGAAAGCACACUCCUUGCAGGACUUGACAAGCUCCAUUGCCAGGAAACUAGGUGUCAAAGCCCCACCAGUGAGGAUAGAUAGCCAGGCCAAAUACGGGGCUAUUUCCAGAGGUGAUGGAGCGAUAUACAUGCGCUUCCCUCGCAAAGGGUACCGUGAGAGAAUUUGGGAUCAUGCUGCUGGGAGCAUUGUUGUUACUGAGGCCGGAGGAGUCGUGAUCGAUGCAGCCGGACGACCUCUAGAUUUCUCCAAAGGACGACUCCUUGACUCGGACACUGGGAUUAUAGCAACCAAUCCAAAGUUGAUGCCAUCAAUCUUGAAGGCUGUAAGAGAAUCCUUGGAGGAGAAACCUUCCUCACGGUGAUGCUACUGCACUACUCUUUUUGCCCCUAUGGCAUCGAUGCAGCCUGUGCAAUGCGGCGCGAAGGAUGCGGUCCUUUCUGUCUUUUUGUCAACAAUUAAAUUUAGCUUUACUUCAAGGGAGCAACUGAAGUGCGAUGAGAAAAUUCGAGUUAAGGGAGCAACUCAGAUUGCAUUAAAUCAGAACUUAAAAGAAACUCGAAAGUUGUCUGUCGACGGCAGAUGCACCAAUGUUGCCAUUUUCUCUUCGUACAGUGACUUGCUGUUUUUGGUGGUUAUGAUCGGCAAAUUAGGCUUGAACUGAAGUUGCAAAGAUGUUUGCCUGUAUAGUGGUCAAAACAGGGAUGUUUGGGUGAAGCUAAGGGGUUUCUUAGUGGCAAGACAAUGAUAUGCAAACUCUUGCUAAAUUCUCGCCUCGUCGUACUUGAACAGGCUUCCGGCAUGCGACAUUGUACUAGUUACCCCAACCCCGGCAUGCGAAGUUCAUUGAACAACUCCCAUGUUACUUGCACGGUGAAGUCCAAAAUUGAAUUGGAACACAAUUGUUUGUUGUUCUUCUUCAUCAUUGUGAUAUUUAGAACGCGGUUAAAUCA